AUGCGACACUUUGCAGUGGGCGACGCGUCGGAUCGAUCAUCUUUGUCCGGGGUCGUCGGCGAGGUAGACAAGACCAUGCUGAACGACAGCUGGACCGUCAUGAACAACAGCAGCUCCGAGCUGGACGGCAGACCAGCCAGCAAGCGCAAGAAAUGCUGCGGCUUCCUUCUGCCGGCGUUCCUGCUGGCGCUCGUGGUAGCGGUCGUCACGGCGACGCUCACCGUCCUCUACGGGAAGCACUUGGCUCUACCCUUCAUCAACAGAGACCGAGCGUCGGCGUCCUCUUCCCCCGUCAUCACCACCAACCCCAAAGAGUCGGGCGCGCUGGUGACCGUGUCGCAGGCGGGCGCGGGCGAACCCAUCAGCAUCUUCCUGGAGCCCGACUGUCCCGACCCCGCCCGCCACUUUGAGCGCUGGGAGGCGCUGCACGCGUCGCUCAUACGGGCGCUGAGCGCGCGCAACACCGAAGACUGGCAGGAGAUGAGCCGCGUCGGCGCGCUGGCCGAGGAGCUGCGGGCGGCCGCGGAACACGCGCGCGACCUCCGACGGGACGCGCAGGGCUUGAAAAGCGGACAAGGGCUACUGGAGCAGAGACUGGAGCGCCUGCAGAACCAGCAGAACCGCAUGGCUCAGGUGCUGUCAGGCGAGCACGCGGGGUUCCUCGGGCUCACUUCGGCUUUGACGGAUUCCUUGUCCAGCCUGCAGAGGGAGACAGAGAGUCUGAGCAGACUUCACCGGGACAAACGCCAAGGUAACGCGGUGUGGGCUCUCACGCCCAAAGACUGCAGUGAGGUCAUGGCGGCGGGAAAUUCCCGAGAUGGAGUCUAUUCCAUCUUUCCCAUCCACGAGCCCGACGGCUUCAUGGUUUACUGCGACUUGAGCACGGAUGCCGGAGGCUGGACCGUGAUCCAGAGGAGACAGGACGGCUCUGUCAAUUUCUUCCGUGGUUGGGAUGCCUAUCGAGACGGCUUUGGAACGACGACGGGAGAGCACUGGCUAGGCCUGCGGAGGAUCUACGCUCUGACGCGUUCAGGCGGUUACCAGUUGCGGAUCGACAUGGCCGACUUUGACAACGCCACAGCCUUCGCUCACUACGCCGACUUCUCGGUGGGCCGAGACUCGGUCAACCCCGAGGAGGACGGCUACCCGCUGGCCGUGGACGGCUACUCGGGAACCGCAGGCGAUUCGCUCCUGAAGCAUUCCGGGAUGCAGUUCACCACCAAAGACCGCGACCGGGACCAGUCUGAGAACAACUGCGCGGCGUACUACCAGGGCGCUUGGUGGUACCGCAACUGUCACACAUCCAACCUGAACGGUCAGUACCUGGGAGGAGGCCACGCCUCUUACGCCGACGGUGUGGAGUGGUCCAGCUGGACCGGCUGGCAGUACUCCCUGAGAUUCACCGAGAUGAAGAUACGGCCCGCGCCUAACACCGACGACUGAGCUUUCGGGCUCCCCCGUCACCAAAGACACUUGUGGAGAUCCGAGCGCUCGUCCGCUUCCGCCACGCGAAGCGCUUCGCCGAAGGACGGUUUGUUUGUCCGUUAGCCGCGAGCCCGUCCGUUCCUGCGCCGGAAGGACUUUUGGCAUCGCUUCAAUACUGGAACGUGUCCAACGUAGAGCCGACGGAUUUGUCACAAAAUACUUUUUGGAGUGUUAA